AUGGAAAUGAUGGUUGUUAAGGAUGAGCAAUACCUAGGAAGGCGCCGCAUGUUCUCAGCUGAUGGCGAGGUUCAAGUAGUAAGGUCAGUCAAAAGAAGGCGAAGACAUCCAGCUUCAGUUGCACUUGCCUAUGAUGACAAUCAAGGUCAGCAACCACAGCAACAAUAUGAUCAAAUCAAUGCUGUUACCUCUGUGAAAAGAAGUUCAAGGUUUCGCGGAGUCAGCAGGCAUAGAUGGACUGGCCGGUAUGGAGCCCACUUGUGGGAUAAGCUAUCUUGGAUUGUUACACAGAGGAAGAAAGGCAAACAAGUUUAUCUUGGAGCUUAUGAUGAUGAAGAAGCUGCUGCAAGAGCAUAUGAUUUAGCUGCACUGAAGUAUUGGGGGACAUCAACUUUCACCAAUUUUCCGAUAUCAGACUAUGAAUGUGAGAUUGAAAUAAUGCAAACUGUCACAAAAGAGGAGUACUUGGCCUCAUUAAGAAGAAAGAGCAGUGGGUUUUCAAGAGGUGUAUCCAAGUACAGGGGAGUUGCAAGGCACCAUCACAAUGGAAGAUGGGAAGCAAGAAUAGGGAGAGUCUUUGGGAACAAAUAUCUCUACCUUGGCACUUACAGCACCCAAGAGGAGGCUGCUCGCGCUUAUGAUAUUGCAGCAAUUGAAUAUAGAGGGAUAAAUGCUGUGACCAACUUUGAUUUGAGUACUUAUAUCAGAUGGUUAAAGCCAGGGACAAAUAAUGUAGUUGCUGCUAAUGAAUUAGUGGCAAUGACAGAACCUGAAUCAUUACAAUUAACAAGUAGCUACAGCCCAAGAGAGGAAUCUAAGCCCUCAAUCUACCACUCUUUUGCCACAGAUUACAUGAACUCUCCACAAAAGCAACAAGUUCUUGAAUCCAAAAUCCCUGUCAACUCAUACAACAAGUCUUCAUCACCUACUGCACUAGGCCUGCUUCUUCGAUCUUCGAUAUUUCAAGAACUGGUAGAAAAGAAUGCAAAUGUGUCUGAAGAUGAAAGCAGCAUUGAUGCAGAUGACGAACCAAAGAACCAAAAAGACUAAUGAUGAGUUUGGAGGCCUAUU